AUGCUCGUUGAUGCCGUGGAAUAUGGAAACACCGUGGUACAGUACGCCAUUGGACUUCAAAACACACAGAGUUCGAAGCGUCGCCGAGAUGAGGUGGACUCUGGCAGCGACAGCAAGUGUGGGGGUGUGGCCCUGCCCUCGAAAUUACUACGCGUGUCAGGCAGCAAGAAACGUGCACGAAACGACGAUACCGGCAGUGAAGACGAGGAUUACUCAAAGCCGUUGAAAAAAGUGCGAAUGACGGCGACCAAAAAGCGUACUCGAGAUGGGAUGGAAGACUCUGGUGACGACGGACAAACAUGGAGGUCCUCCAAGAAAGCUCGGCUGGGAGGAGAGAAGGUGGAAUUUGCCAAAGUAUUCAAAGAACUCGAUGCUUUCAUAAAGACCUCCGUCAAAGGAUCAAAAUAG